AUGCCAAAAGUAAUUGAAGAGAGACUCGAAAAACGAGUCCGAAAAUUCAUCUGGGCCGAGAAAGACAAGGUCACAAUUAACCGAGAGACAGUAUACGCUCCAGCCGAGAUGGGCGGGAGAGACCUGCUAGACAUUGUAGCCAGGAACGAAGCUAUUGCCAUUAUGUGGCUGAAGACGUACCUGAGCAUUGGCGACGAGAGACCACUCUGGUGCUUUGUUGCAGAUGAGAUCCUUGCAAACAAGAUGGCAUCCGACGGAAGCAAUGUUGAACUCUCAGUGAGACUGAACUCAUAUCUUCAAGACUGGAAGCAUAAAGUGUCAGCCAAAGAGAUUGGAAAGGAUCUUGCCAAGAUGACUAGCGUCGGGAAAAAGCACGGUGUAGCAGCAGACGCAAUAGCCGUGUCGCGAGAGAUACAGGGCCAGAUGAUAAUCUGGCACCACACAAAAUCGAACGCAGAACAUGGAAUGUGGAAAUACAAGAAAGAUACUAUCAAGUGCCUCAAGGAGAAACAUAAAAUGAAGACUGUCAAAGAUGCAGUCCAGCUCGAACGGAAGAUGCGGACUAACCGUCAUGUCGCCUCAAAGCGAUGCAGGUGCAAUGCGUGUACCGAAGUCAGAGAAUCCACCGGAUGUACCAGCCCACAUGUAUGCUACAGGAAGGCCGGUGAGAUGCUGGACACCCUAGACCCCAAAUGGGACCCUAGAAAAACCCAACCCGAAGACUAUGAACACAGAAUGACACCCGAAGUGAUCAACGUAAAUGGCGUCGAGACGCGAGAUAUAGACCAACGCAUAACAACGACAGGCUUGGUGGGCGAUAUCUUCAGAGUCUUUACGGACAACGAGAGGAACAUGGAUGCCGCAGCGCCAAAUCUAGAACCAGCUACAUCAAUUGAGGAAGAAACUACCGAACUGAUGACCUACACAGACGGCUCUGCAACAAACAAUGGCCGCGAAGGAGCUGAAGCCGGUGCGGGAAUAUACUUCAAUGAUAACGAUAACAUGAAUAGGGCAAUUAAGAUCCCCAACGAGUUCGGCCCAUCCAACCAGGUAGCAGAGAUGCUCGCAGUGAAGGAAACAAUUGACCUGUGCCCGCCCGGGCUCCUGCUACACAUCAAAACAGACUCGAUGUACACGAUAAAAGGACUCACCCAAAGCAUUCGGAAAUGGGAAGACCAAGGAUUCUUCCUCACCGCAAACGGAGACCUAGCAAAACUGACAAUCACUAAGAUAAGAGGAAGAUGUGCACGAACAAGACUCACCUGGGUUAAAGGACAUGCUGGGACGCAUGGUAAUGAGCAAGCAGACCGUCUAGCAGACGAAGGCCGCCGGAAGAAUGCUCCGGAUAUCAUCGAUACACGAAUCAAUGAGUCCCUUGUCCUUCCAGGAGCAAAGCUGAAGGCAAUGACGCAAUCGCUGGCAUAUAAGAUCAUCAGGAUAUCCAAAAUGAGAGAGGACCGAUACCAGGAUGCUCUAGACCAGAAAGCAACCACCCGUAAUAUUGAACUGGCAAAAGAAGCAACAGUACUCCUGGAACCAGAGCCAAGAGGCGCAGCAACCACUGCACAAAUAUGGUUAUCAACGAGACACCAAGACUUCUCCCGAAGCGUCAGAUAUUUCCUGUGGAUGCUAAUACAUGACGGCUAUAAAGUUGGAGACCACUGGCGUAAGAUACCAGGCCACGAAGAGAAGGCGUACUGCAAGCACUGCGGAGAGGUGAUCGAGAACAUGGAACACAUCCUGCUCAGAUGCGAGGCCGCCGGCCAGAGCCAGAUAUGGGAUCUUGCGAACGUGAUAUGGAAGAAGAAAACGGGGCUGCAUCUCGAGCUGAACAUCGGAAAGAUAAUGGCGUGUGGAGCAGUUACCCUAGGCAACGCCAGCCUGUCGCGGCUCUUCAGAAUAGUGGUAUCAGAGUCGGCGCACAUGAUAUGGAGAUUAAGGUGCGAACGAGUAAUCCAGGAGAAGGAUGAGGCCUCCAGACGCGAAAUCCAAAACAGGUGGCUACGCGCCAUAAACACACGACUGCUCAUCGAUUGCGUGAUGACGAACACUGCCAGAUACGGGCCAAAAGCAAUCAAACCUUCCCUGGUCAGGAAGACGUGGACAAAGACGAUACAAAACGAGGAGCAUCUCCCAGACGAUUGGACCAAGGGAGGCGGGGUUUUAGUGGGUGUCGGCUAA